UGGGAUUGAUGGACAGUGAUGAGAAUGUGCGGGCUAAGGCCUUAUACCUUAUGGUAAGUCACAGGCAUCCAAACCAAGACCAGGCUGGUACACCUGCUGAAGAAACAAGAAACUCUCCAGAAAAUGCAGCAAGAAAUUAUCGGAGAAAUCACUCUGGGCCAACUGCUGAAUAUUCAAGCUGAAGAUAUACAGUCCCUGCUUAUUCAUGUGGAGCAGCAGCUAAAUGAAAACUUGACCUUGUUACAAAGAGAAAAGUCUUUUUGUAAGACUUUUUGUUUUGAUAUACCAUGGUCUGAAGAACUUAAGGUCUUUUCUGAAGACAUGUUCAUACCUUUGUCAGAACCUGUAAAGAUCACCAAACCAAAGAAAAGAAAGAGACAUUUUCAAGCAAGGAGCAGAAAGCUUAUUAAAAAGGACCUGAGAGUUGCCAGGAAGCACAGAAAGACAAAAUUGGAAAUGUCUAGUUCCGUGUUGAUGCCUUCAGAAGAUGCAGGUGAACAAAGAGAGGCCGGGAAAUCAGAGCUAGUUGAAACCCAACAUGUUACCUUAGAGCCAGAGCUACCACUGAGUUCUCCAAGCACAGUCAAAUCCCAGGAUUAUGCUGAAACAGAGCAGGAGGUCAUUUUACAAGCUAUAAAGGCCAUGGAGGCCACAGAAGCCCUGGAGGCCACAGACGCCAUGGAAGCCAUAGAUCAAGGUAGCAUGAAAGAUUAUGGAGACAUGAUCUCUAAGCUGGAAAGAAAAGAACACAUUAAAAGGCUUUGGAAAAAGGCAAUGAGAAAAGGCAGAAUAGCAGAUGUGCUGUGGAAAGAGAAAAAAGAUUUGAAGGAUAUUUCAGAGGUGACUACAGAAGAACCUAAGGAAGACAUCAUAAAAAUUGAUGAGCAAGAAGAAGGUAAAAGGAAGAAAAGUGAAAAGAAGAGCCCGGGUUUGGCUGGGACUCCUGGACGUGCAGGUAGACCAGACACCAGAUCUUGGAGGGAUGGCAUUUGCUCUCUUGUCAUUUCAAGGAUAGCAAGUUCCCAUCCAGGAAUGUUAAGGGAUCUGGGCAAAGAAUUGGUAGGCCUGGCUAGGGUGAUACUUGCUGACCGACAGCCCAGCUGGACUCUCUUCCAAGAGAUAUGCCCCCUUUUAAAGGAUUCAAGCUCAGUCUCAUUAGAAUUAGAUGACAGAGUAUUGGAAGAAACACCCACCAUAAAAAAAAAGUCAUUAAAGAGGCUGUCAAGGACAAAAGGACAGCAGUAUUGACAGAACGAAAGGAUAAAAAAGUGUUAAAGGAAGAUGGGGAAUUUUCUCAAGAAGGAAAGAAAAAGAAAGCUGUUUUCCCAGCAGAUCGCUUAGUCUUAGAGAAAAGGAAAUUUAAAAGAAAAAUGAGGAAACUGGCCAAGGAAAAAGGGAAAAUAGCUAAGGAAGAAAGGAAACUGACAGAGCCAGAGGAAAAAAUGCAGAGAAAGGAGAAACCAACCAAAGAUAAAAAGAAACUGACCCAUCCAGAAGAAAAAAUGGCCCAGGAAGAAGAAAUACCUGCUUCCCCACAAAAGGAAUUAAUUAUGGAAGAUCAGAAGUUAGUCCUAGAAGAAAAAAGACUAACUGGAAAAAGGGGACAACUACUAAGGAAAGGAAAGGAAGUGAUCAGGAAAAAGAAGAAGCCAAUCCUGAAAAGGGAAAGGUUGGAAUGGGAAAAAAUGCAGGCCCAGGAGGAAAGCAUGAGGACCCAGGAAGAGAAAGAACUGGCUGAGGAAGAGGAGGAGCUGGCUGGGGAAGAGGAGGAGCUAGCUGAGGAAGAGGAGGAGCUAGCUGAGGUAGAGGAGGAGCUGGCUGAGGAAGAGGAGGAGCUGGCUGGGGAAGAGGAGGAGCUAGCUGAGGUAGAGGAGGAGCUGGCUGAGGAAGAGGAGGAGCUGGCUGGGGAAGAGGAGGAGCUGGCUGGGGAAGAGGAGGAGCUGGCUAGGGAAGAGGAGGAGGUGGCUAAGGAAGAGGAGGAGCUGGCCUGGGAAGAGAAGGAGCUGGGUUGGGAAGAGAAGGAACUGGGUUGGGAAGAGGAGGAACUGGCUGAAGAAGAGGAGGAAGUGGCUGAGGAAAAGGAAGCACUAAUCCUAGACAUAGAGAAACAAGUUGGAGAAAGGAAGAAACACAUCUGGGAAAAGGAGAAACAUGUUGAGGAAGAGGAGAAAGAGGCCUGGGAACUGGGGAAACUGGUUCAGGAUCAUUGGUUUAGAGAAGAGGAAGGACUGUCUGGGAAAGAGAGAGAACAGACAUUAGAAAUGGAGAGGUUGGCAGAGCAAGAGAGUAAAUUAAUCCAAAAAGAGAAAUGGUUUGGCAAAGAGGCCCUUUAUGGGGAACAGGAAGAACAAGACCAGACAGAGAGGCAGGCUCAAAAAGAGGAGAGCAAACAGUUAGCCUGGGAAAGAAAGAAACUGUACCUAGAAGACAAUGAAAAGUUUGGAGAACUGGAGAAAUUGUCAAAAGAAGAAGAGAAAUUAGCUCAAAAAAUGGAGCAAGAAGCUGAGAAAAGAAAACAAUGGGCCAGAGAAAAAAUAAAACAGGUCUCUGAAGAGGAAAAAAUCACAGAGGAAAUCGAGAAAGGGUCCCCAAAAGAAGAGAAACAGACCAUAGGAAAAGAGAAAAAAGCUGAGAAAAAGAAGAAACAGAUUGAGAAAGAUGAGAAAGCAAUUGAGGAAGAACAAUGGAUUCAGGAAAAACUAGCCUUACAAAAGGAGAAACUGUCCCACGAAGAGAGAGUAUGGAGUCAGAAAGACAAGAAACGGUCCUGGAAAGAGGAGAAAGAGGUAGAGCCAAAAAAACAACGAGUCUGGAAAAAAGAGAAAUUGUCCCUAGAAGAGGAGGAACAGGCUGGUGAAAUGGAGGAACAGUUCCAGGAAAAAGAGGAAGAGGCCAAGGAAAUAGAGAAAAGGGCAUUGGCAAAGAGACAGGCCCCAAAAGACAGUAAACUGGCCAAGAAAAAGAGUCAUAUUGCUGAGAAAGAAAAGGCAACGGCCAGGGAAGGAAUUGGCAUAACUGAGAAAAAGAAAAAAAUAACCCAAGAAGAGAAAGAAAUUAUGAAAGAAGAGGGCAAAUUGUCCCAGGAAGACAGGCAACUGGCCUAUGACAUUACGACCAAGGAGAGGGAUGUUGCCAAGAAAAAAAAGAAAACCAAAGAGGAAAGAAAACAGGCAAUGAGAAAACUGGAUAUAGAAAAAGGGAUUGGUUCUGAAGAGAAAGAGACUCGCUCCAGGGAAGAAAAUAUAAGAAUGAAAGAGAAUCAACUGUUUGGGAUCCUGGCAGGAAUAGUUAGAGAAUUGAUUACAGUUCCUUCAGAAGAAAGAAAAAUAACUGAGGGAGAGACAUCACCCAUUAUAGAAAAGAGUGAAAUUGAUGGCCGCAGGUGGGAAUUUUUUAAGGAACAGGAGGAAAUAAUUGAAGAAGAGAAGGAACAGGCUCAGAAAGAUAGGAAACUAGAAGAUAGACUGGCCACCAAAGAGAGAAUGGUAACUGAUAAAGAGAGCUCGGAGGAGGACGGAAAGUUAUUAGAGGAGGUCCAGGAAAAGAUACUGUUCAAUAAAAUCCAGGUACAGACUACGUUAAAGGAGUUUCAGAAGACAAAUUUGUUAGAAAAAAGGCAGGUAGAGGAGCUUCUGAAGAGAGUUGAGGAGCAUAAACUAGACAAGACUCAGAUGAAGUGGUUAUUAGAUAAUCUCAGAGGUAUACUAUUUGAGGACUUAUAUAAGAGCUUGACGGAGAAGGAAACAGAGGGAGGUCUAAUUAAGAAGGGGAAAGAGGAGGAUAUUCUGCCCAAGAAAGAGAAAAGGAAACGUCUGAUUAAGAAGAAGAAAGCAAGUACAAGUGAAGACGAAUUGGAGGAUAACUUGGCUAAGAAGCUAAAGGAAAAGGGUUCGACUCAAAAAAGGAAAAUGGAAAAGAGGUUGACUAAGGAGAAAGAGAGGCUGAGUAAGAAAAAAGAGGGCCUACAAGAGGAAGAGAAGAGCCUUAGCGAAGAGGAGUUGGGGUGCUGGAAUGAGAAGGAGGAAGAGGAGAGCCUGAGUGAGGAGGAGGAGGAGAGCUUGAGUGAGGAGGAGGAGGACAGCUUGAGUGAGGAGGAGGAGGAGAGCCUGAGUGAGGAGGAGGAGAGCCUGAGUGAGGAGGAGGAGGAGGAGAGCCUGAGUGAGGAGGAGGAGAGCCUGAGUGAGGAGGAGGAGAGCCUGAGUGAGGAGGAGGAGGAGGAGAGCCUGAGUGAGGAGGAGGAGAGCCUGAGUGAGGAGGAGGAGAGCCUGAGUGAGGAGGAGGAGGAGGAGAGCCUGAGUGAGGAGGAGGAGAGCUUGAGUGAGGAAGAAGACAGCUUGAGUGAAGAGAAGGAGGAAGAGGAAAUGGAGGAAAAAGAGAAGGAGGAGGAGGAAAGGCAGAAGGAUGUGGAAAGCCUGAGUGAAGAGAAGGAAAAGGAGAGCAGGCUUAUGGAGGCAAUGUUCUCAGAAGAGGAGAGAGUAUUGAAAACAAAGUUCUCAAAGGAAGAAGUGAGAUUAUCUAGGCUGGUGACUGAAGGUGAGGAUCUUGCUGAGGAAAGGGAGGGUACAGCUAAAGGAGAAAUGCAUUUUAAGAGAGAGGGCUUGCUUGAUGUAAGGAGAUACUCCAGACUUAUGGACAAGGCUGUGUGGCCAACAGUUCUGAAGAGCACCUCCAAAAUACCAUUCCAGGUAACCCUGGAGGAAAAAGAGGCAACGCCCCUGAAAGUGUUAGAGGAUCACUUGGAUUUUGAAGACAGAGAGGGCAGUCAACUUCUUGGAGUACACCCCGUGACAAGUUCAUUGGGAAGAGAAGAGAAUGAACUCUUGGAGAAAGCCAGGGGUAUGUUUUUACAAGCCAUGGAAACAGGCUUAGAGACCCAGGUCCCAGAAGGUCUCCAUAGGCCAGAGUUUCAAUUACCUGAUACUUUCAUGGAACCACAGAAACCUAAACACGGACCCAAAGGUGAAAGAUGGAAGUGGUUCUUGGGGUAUCAGGAUUCUCUGAUGGGGAAAACUGAGGGUCAGGCUCCAGCUCCAGCCCCAGCCUUUUCACCUGAAAUGCCAGAUAGGAGAUAUCGAAGGCCGGCCUUCUCAGAAGCAAGAUUCUCAGACGAGGAUUGGAUUAACAAUGCCUUAAAAAGGCUGGAAGCAGGAAAGCAACUUUCCAGGGAUAGUUUUCAUCGACUGAGUCAGAUCCUCAGAGACUUUACUUCAAAGAGAUACUUGAAAUGGAUGCGUAUGUCCAAUCUUAAGGUCAUUGCUAAACAUCUCAGGCAGAACCUAGAGUUAAGUCACACUGAUAUAUUACAAACUUGUAAGGAGGUUUUGAGUCCAGUGCCCUUAAAAGAGAUUCCUCCAGUUAGAAGAAAAGAAACACAGAAGUGGUUGGGGCCAUCCUCUAUGCCCAAACCAGUAUUACCAUCAGCCAUCAAGAGGACUCAGACCCCACAGGCUCUCAGCUGGCAUCUCUUAGCUGAGUCCUACAGGAAGAAACAGGCAAAACAGUUAUCCACUGCUCUCAAGGAGAUAAAGCACCUUUAUCCAGUCACAAGGGAUGUUCCUACAGCUGUUUGUCCCUCUGUGGAUAAGAAAUCUCUAGCCUUGGUAUUUGAGAAGGACUUCCCAGCCUUGAUGAGGAAGGGUGAGAGCUCCAAAUUUCCAACGGCAAAGAAGGUAGCACUGCCCAUCCCUGCUCCAGUGAUACCAUCAACUACCACGAGGAUUCAAGUCCCCAAAGCUAUAAACUGGCAUCUUUUGGGAGAGCCUCACAGGAGCGCGCGGGUACAACGGUUAUCUGAUGCCCUCAAAGAGAUGGAGAUGCAACAUUUUUAUCCUGCCACAGGAGACAUUUUCACAGGUGCCCAUGCCUCUGUGGACAAACAAACUCUAGCACUAAUGUUCCAGAAGGAUCUCGGGGCUUUUAAGGGUAUGGGCAGGCCACCCAAAUUACCCAAAUUGGAGAAGAAGGCACAACCAAUUUCUAAAAAGAAGGAAGAGAUGCCUUUGUGGGAGACGUUUGUGGCACUGUACCAUGUUUUGCGGAUGCUGCAGAAGCGAUAUGCAAAAGACAGUGCUGCUUGGAUGGAACAGUUCUAUCAGCUCAUGGACUUGUACCAACUUAAGUCCCCCAGAAUCCAGAGGCUUCUACUAGAGUUACUGCAGAGAGAGGAACUUCAACCCCAAGAGACCAUCUACAAAAAUGCCCUGAAGACCAAGGAGCUGGCACAUGGUGAGCGCUUGUUCUACCACCUGUUUUGUGGUCAUUCCCGUGACCCUGCGGGUCCCCUCAAGUUCCAGGAUGUAGUACCCCUCCCUGGGCAGAACAAAGUCCAUAUUAUCCAACCUGAGGGCAUUGCCCAGUAUGGCUUCCUAGAACUUGCCUGGAAAAGCCUACCACAACUCAGUCCUCACCGUAUUGAGAGGCUGCCCAGUAUUCCUACUCUUACUAUGAUUGGGCUUAAUAUUAGGACUUUGGGAUCCUAUGGGAAAAUGAGCCUAGGCCACAGAUUUUAA